CCAUCCGCGCCCGCCUGGGAAUCUCAAGACUCCGGUGAGCUCCGCGUCUUAAGGUUUCGGGAUUUCUUCGGGGCCACUUCACCCGGAGGCUUCUUUGGCUUGUGAGCCUUCAGCAGAUGUCUGUCGCUUCCAGCAUGAGGGUCUUCUUGCCUGUGCUGUUGGCAGUCCUUCUCGGUGUGGAGCAAGCCCAUUCCCUGAUAUGCUUUUCGUGCAACAAUCAGAAGAGCAACUGGAAAUGUCUGUGGCCAACGUCAUGCGAGAGCACAGACAAUUACUGUGUCACGGUAUCGGCUGCUGCGGGCAUUGGGAAUCUUGACCUUGGCUACACGCUGAGUAAGGGCUGCGCCUCGAUGUGCCCCAAGGAGAACGUCAAUAUCAACCUCGGUGUGGCGUCCAUGAGUACCUACUGCUGCGAACACUCCUUCUGCAAUAUCAGCACCGCUGGCCUUGGGCUUCGUGCCAGUAUCCCACUACUGGGCCUUGGGAUCCUGCUCAGCUUGUUAACUCUGCUGCAGCUGGACCCCUGAGCGCCCCCGUGUAUUCCCCCGUGUUUCCCCAGCUCAGGAAGAAAGGUCCUUUUAGGUCCCAGGGGACCCCAGGAGCCUUCGGCACCUCCUGGGUAUGUCCAGUCCCUCUCCAUACUUUCUUGGCGUCAGGGCUAAGCACCAAAUGCACCCACAUCUGCUCGGUUGAAAUGGGACUGGCUACCCUUGCUUCCAGAGCCAAUCCUGUGGUCUCCCUUGGGGAACCAGGAAAGGGGUGAAACCCUCCUUGGUAUUCUCAGAGGGCCAGGGCCAGGCCUAAAUCCUGUGGACACAUUGACAAGAAUAUCUAACCAAAAUGAAUGUACACCAGUGUGCUCAGUCGAAUGAAACUACUUGGAUUCUGGGGUGGUCAAAGGGGACCUGGAAUACAUUAGAGCAGAAGGCCUGUGUUUCCAACAGAAAACCCUUUCCCCUGGCAUUACUGUGCCCAUGUUGUGCUUGAUUCAGGAGGCUGCGAAGGCUCCCACCCACAGACCCAGUUGAGUCCCUCCUUGCCCUCUCUGCCCAUGCUGGCUUCCCACUGCUCCUCUAGUGCCUCAAAUAAACCAUUCACACCCA